CAAAAAAGUUCAGACCGCGGGAAACCCAACUUGCAGUCUUCUCCUCCAGUGAGUUCUCCUCCAUCUUCGUGUCUGUCUCUUGCCAGAGAGAGAGAGAGAGAGAGAGAGAUGGCGAACAAGCUCAUCAACCAAAUGGGUCUUCCCAAGUCGAUAUCCAACAUCUUUGUCGCUCGUAAUAUCCUCACAGCCAAGGAUGCUCUUUCUCUAACUGAAUUUGAGUUGAUGGAACUGCUGGAUUUGAAUUUCUCCGAGGUAAUUUCUGCAGUUACACACAUAAGUGAAAUCGCUUGUCCUCCAUUCCAAACUGCUUUAUCUCUGCUGGAAAUGCGUGUCAAGAGGGAGAGCUUUGCAGGCCACCUUCCAACUCGUUUGAGAGGACUAGAUGCUACAUUGUGUGGUGGAAUUCCAUUUGGUGUUGUUACUGAAGUUGUUGGUCCUGCUGGGAUUGGCAAAACCCAGUUCUGCCUCAAGCUCUCACUACUUGCUGCACUUCCUUCUUCUUAUGGAGGGUUAGAUGGCCACGUGUUGUUCAUUGAUACUGAGUCUAAAUUCAGCUCUAAAAGGAUGAUAGAAAUUGGAGUGAAUAGCUUCCCAGAAGUAUUUCGCAAGGAAGAGAUGGUGCAACUGAUGGCAGGGCGGAUCAUAGUUCUCAGGCCAACGUCACUUUCUGACUUUACAGAGAGAUUACAGCAGAUUAGAGAAUCUCUGUUCCAACAUAAUGUAAAGUUGCUAAUUGUUGAUAGCUUGGCAGCGCUCCUUACAGGGGAAAACCUGCACGGGCCUCAUAGACAACAUUCACUGGGUUGGCACAUAUCAUUUCUUAAAUCACUUGCCGAGUGUUCACGAAUUCCUGUAGUAGUCACCAACCAAGUGAGAUCUCAAAAUUGUGAAGAAACUUCUCAGUAUCUUUUCCAAGCUCGGAAGAGAACUGAAAACCCUGAAGAUCCCUCCAAAUUUGAUCACCAUUUAGUUGCUGCUCUUGGUAUCCAUUGGGCUCAUGCUGUUACAAUUCGCCUUGUAUUCGAAUCUCGAUCAGGUCAAAGGAUUAUGAAAGUAGCCAAAUCUUCGAUAUCUCCACCAAUUGCGUUUCCGUUCGACAUAACUUCAUCUGGCAUUUCGUUACUAGACGAUGAUGGAGUGGAAAUGACUGGUCCAGAAAUAAAUACUAUCAGUUAUCAAGGCCACAAUUGCCUGUAUGCAUAGGCAUUAUCACAUUUGGAUCUCUUUCUCUCAGAGUCUCAGCAAGUGAUCAAAUUUAUCUUUCAUGGUAAAUUGGUAAUUACCUCAGUUUUGCCACGAAAUUAUACUUCCCAUUUUGUGCAUUUGCACAUACUAAUGAGCGCAUUAUUGGCUAUCUAACUCUUGGAACUUCUAUUCUACAUCUGUCAGUGUCUUUACUAACUUAUUUGUAAAAAAGGACGAACUCCAUCCUCGAGAGUCUCUCAGAACUCGCCGACGUGAAAAGAUGUUAAUUGGGCUUUAAUCAUAAAUCGGUUACCCUUAG